UAGCGCACACAAAAUUCAUUAAAGAUGGAUGGACAGGUGUACAAGGAGAUACUAAAAGGGCCAUAAUUCACAUAAGCAUGAAGUGUUAUCCUUUUUCACUUUCUUCUCAUGCUCAUAAACACGCACGACUACAAUGAAAAAAUCAAUAGGUACAUUUGGGAGAUAAUGACUGAUGAUGAGUCACUCCACAAGAGCCGUUGUGGGACUGUCUCCGUUCCCGCCAAAUUCAAAUUCAGAUUCAAAACCCAAUCACUCCCCACAACGUAAGCAAAUCAUCACUCUGUUGCAGAAAUGCAAACACAUCAAACAAAUCACUCCAAUACACGCCAAAAUCAUCCGAAACGGACACGAACAAGACCCCUUUAUUUUGUUCGAGCUCCUUCGCACUUGCUCCAACUGUAAGUCCAUUGAUUACGCCUACAAGGUUUUCCAACAAACUCGAAACCCUAAUGUCUAUCUCUACACUGCUCUCAUUGAUGGAUUGGUAUUGUAUGGGUCAUGUCUUGAUGGGAUUCGGGUAUAUUCUCAAUUGGUCCACGAAUCAGUUGUACCCGACAAUUACGCGAUUACUUCAGUUCUAAAUGCUUGUGGGUUUGAAUUGGCAUUGAAAGAAGGUAAAGAAGUUCACGGACGGGCUUUGAAGCUCGGGUUGAAUUCAAAUCGAUCUGUAAGGAUGAAACUUAUGCAACUCUAUGGAAAAUGCAGGGAAUUUGAUGAUGCAUGGAGGGUUUUCGAUGAAAUGCCUGAAAGAGAUGUUGUUGCAUUAACAGUCAUGAUUUCAUCUUACUUUGAUUAUGGGUUAGUCAAGGAGGCGAUUAGUGUUUUUUGUCGAGUUCAAAGUAAGGACACGGUUUGCUGGACGGCAAUGAUUGAUGGGUUUGUUCGGAAUGGGGAAAUGAAUAAGGCUUUGGAGUUGUUUAGGGAUAUGCAAAGAGAAGGUGUGAGACCAAAUGAAGUUACUAUUGUUUGUGUUUUAUCCGCUUGUUCACAGUUGGGGGCAUUGGAGCUAGGAAGGUGGGUGCAUUCUUAUGUGGGGAAGUCUGAUAUCAAGAUGAAUUACUUUGUGGGUUCGGCUUUGAUUGACAUGUACUCAAGAUGUGGUAGUAUUGAUGAGGCGGAACAAGUGUUUAAUGGGAUGAAAGAGAGAGGUGUCAGCACUUACAAUUCCAUGAUUGUGGGGCUUGCAUCAAAUGGGAAGAGCAUCGAGGCUAUUGAGAUGUUUAAACGAAUGAUGAAGCAAGGGUUAAUGCCAACCAACAUUACCUUUGUUGGCGUGUUGAAUGCAUGUAGUCAUAGGGGUUUGGUGGAUUUGGGGUAUGAAAUAUUUGACGCAAUGACUGGAUAUCAUGGGAUUGAACCACGGAUUGAGCAUUAUGGAUGCAUGGUAGACCUUCUUGGCCGUGUGGGUCGUCUUGAAGAGGCUUAUAAUUUUAUUCUGAGAAUGAAAAUAGCACCGGAUCAUAUCAUGUGGGGAGCUCUGUUGAGUGCCUGUAAAAUCCAUGGAAAUGUCGAAUUAGGAGAGGUUAUUGCAAAAAUAUUGCUAGAAAGUGGGGAUGCUGAUUCGGGAACUUAUGUUCUUCUGUCUAAUGUCUAUGCUUCAAUGAGUAAAUGGGAGGAUGCUGCAAAAGUGAGAGCAAAGAUGAAGGAAUGUGGUAUUAAGAAGGAACCGGGUUGUAGUUCGAUUGAGGUGAAGAAUGAGAUUCAUGAAUUCCUUUUGGGGGACCUUAGACAUCCGGAAAAGGAAGCAAUCUACAGAAAACUAAAGGAGUUGAAUCAGAUACUGAGAUCUGAGGGUUACUCUCCAGAAACAGGUGUGGUUUUACAGGAUAUUGAGGAUCAGGAGAAAGAAGGGGCCUUAGCUAUCCAUAGUGAGCGGCUUGCAAUAUGCUAUGGGCUAAUCUCGACUAAACCAUAUACCACAAUAAGGGUCGUAAAAAAUCUAAGAGUAUGCAAUGAUUGUCAUUCAGUGAUCAAGCUCAUUACUAAGGUUACUGGAAGAAAAAUUGUGGUGAGAGAUCGGAAAAGGUUUCACCAUUUUGAAAAUGGUGUUUGUUCCUGUGGGGACUACUGGUAAAACAAGAGAAUUUAAUUCCUAGAAAAAAAAUGUGGAGCCCAUUGCUUUUUGCCAAUUUUUACUCGAAUAUAUCGUUGUAAAUUCCGUAAGUCUUACCAUAGCAAAGCGCAAUCGAAGAAGGUGGCACUGUUUCUUUCCAAAUUCAGCACGCAUUUGUUCAUCGCAUCAGUAUAUAGCAUGUUUAGCUUCUGGAAGUGCAAGCAAUAGAUGGAAGAUGGAUGACGAAUCCCAUGUACCAUCCGAAGUGCAGGAAGAUAUAUCAUUCAAGAAUUUUGCCAAUUUUUCCAUCAGUUGAUUUUGUAGAGUGAUUUUGAUUGUCUAGCUUUUCAAUGCAGAUGGAGUGAGGGAGACUGUAAAAACCAGAUGAAUUGAUAAUGUAAAUCCUAUAAUUUUGUUGGCAUUGCCAUCACUCUAAUCUAUCUAUGUUUGUAUUUUAAAAAAU